GUUAUCUCCCGUUAAUUUUUACGUCACACCCGAGAUUUGUGAACAGCAAAUAUGCGAAAUAUACUUCAAGUAACUUGACAGCAUCAAUAUGAGUCAUAUACCGCCGUCACACCAACGGCUGAAAGUGAUAGAGGAUAGGCUACGAAAUCCGAAUUCAGAACUAAACAUAGACAGCUUACUGGAUGGAGUUGUUGCGUUGGUUCGAGACCUGGACCACCAGGCCAUCCGUAGCCGAAAUAAAAGUGUGGAACAGUUUCUUAAUAAGUAUAAACAGUCAUUUGAUGUAAUUACCAAGCAUCGUAUGAGACAUGAUGACUUUAGUGUCAUCAAAGUUAUUGGACGUGGUGCAUUUGGAGAAGUGCAAUUGGUACGUCAUAAGAUCUCAAAGAAAGUAUAUGCUAUGAAACUCCUCAGCAAGUAUGAAAUGAUAAAAAGAGCAGAUACAGCAUUUUUUUGGGAGGAGAGAGAGAUAAUGGCAAAUGCCAACAGUGAGUGGAUCGUACAGUUACAUUUUUCAUUCCAAGACGAGAAAUAUCUAUACAUGGUGAUGGACUAUAUGCCCGGUGGUGACCUUGUUAAUCUCAUGAGUAACUAUGACGUCCCGGAGAAAUGGGCCAAGUUUUACUGUGCAGAGGUCGUCCUAGCACUGGAUGCUAUUCAUUCCAUGGGUUUUAUACACAGAGAUGUGAAACCUGACAAUAUGUUACUAGACAGAGCAGGUCAUUUAAAGUUGGCUGACUUUGGUACAUGUAUGAGGAUGGACAGGGAUGGUAUGGUAAGGUCAGAUACUGCUGUAGGAACACCUGAUUAUAUCUCACCUGAGGUUCUCAAAUCUCAGGGGGGAGAUGGUCACUAUGGUAGAGAAUGUGACUGGUGGUCUGUGGGUGUAUUUAUUUAUGAAAUGUUAGUCGGUGAUACUCCAUUUUAUGCUGAAUCUCUGGUUGGUACCUAUGGUAAAAUUAUGGACCACAAAAACUCAUUAGAAUUCCCAAAUGAUAUUGAGAUGUCAAAUGAUGCCAAAAGUUUAAUAUGUGCUUUCCUUACUGAUAGAAAUGAACGUCUUGGUAAAAAUGGCAUAGAAGAAAUUAAAGCACAUAGAUUUUUCAAGAAUGAUGGAUGGAACUGGGGCAAUAUAAGACAAACUGUACCACCAGUGGUACCAGAACUGGUGGGGGAUGAUGAUACCAGUCAUUUUGAAGAUGUAGAAAAGGAUGACAGUCCCGAGGGUCAGUUUGAGGUACCAAAGGCCUAUGCUGGGAACCACCUACCAUUUAUCGGUUUUUCCUACAAUAAAGAAUAUCAGUUGUUAUCAGGAGGAGGCGGUGGUGGUGGUACUACUGCUGGUAGACAAGGUCCAAUACCAACAAAUGGAGAUUUUGUGGAUGGCUCGGAUGUUGAAGGAAAGUUGCGGAAUCUCGAGGAUCAACUUCGAGCGGUCAAAUCUCACAAUGUUGACUGGGAGAAAAAAUUCAUGUCAUUGAAGAAUGAAAAUGAAAGAAUUUUGACAGAAGAGGGACAGUUACGAAGAGAAUGUAGAGACCUGGAGAAAAAUAUGGCACUAACUAAACAUGAACUUAAAGAGUAUCAACGAAAGUUUGAGUUUGAGCAAGAAGGAAAGCGUAAAUUAGAGUUUCAGAUAAAGGAGAGAGAAAGACAACUUGACAAUGAAAUAUCUAGAAACAGAGAUGCUGAAGCUAGCAAAAUGAACAUUAAUGAAAGAGUUUCUCAUCUUGAAAAAAUGUUAAAUGACAGCAAAGAGAAGUUUAGACAGGAGCAAGAAAAUUCCAACAAAGCCAAGAAACACCUAACAGAGAUCCAACAGAGAUUGACAAUAACCGAACAAAGCUACCAGGAUAUAAGCAAUAAAUACAAUGAAUUACAAAGUGCUAAAUCAGCCGUAGAGAAAGAAUUAAGAGAUCUUAGACUGGCUCUAGAGAGUGAAACAUUAAACAGGAAUCAAGCGUCAGAACAGUCCGCGGAACUACAUGAUCGUAUACGAUACCUACAGACAGAAUUAGAUAAGGCCACUGAGAGAGACAGAUAUAAUGCCAAUGAGAUUCAUAAAUUACAAGAUAGCAUCAAUACUCUAGAAAAGGGCAAGAAACAUGCAGAAUUGGAGUUACAGAACUUUGCUAAGAAGUUGGAGACAGAGCGAGGCUCCCAUAAAGAAACUGUGGCAAAGUUUAACCUUGACAAGAAAAAUAUUCUCAUGUCAACGGAAGAGGCAAAUAUGGAAGCUAUCAGAGAUAUGCAGCAUAAGUUGGAGCAGGAACAGCAACAACGAAAGAUGACAGAGGAGCGUUUAUUGACAGUAGAGAAAGAGAAGAGUGGGUACUCAGUAGAUUUACAGCAGUUACGCAAUCAAGUUCAAUCUUUACAGUCAGAACUAAAAAAUGAAGCUGAUAAAUCACGUAACUUAUCACUUCAAGUAGAGCAGGAGAUACAGCGUAGAUCAUUGAUGCAUUCAGAUUAUAAAAAUCAGUCAGCGGAUAUCACUAAACUUAAAUCAAAAGAGAAACUACUACAGUCGGAUAUUGAAGUUGUACAGAAAGAGAAGUACACCCUGGAAGAAGAAAUAAGAAAAUUAAAAGAGGAGAUGUCAUUAAAUGAUUUACAAAUGAAGGAACUUCAGGAUCAACUGGAAGCAGAACAAUAUUUCUCUUCAUUGUAUAGAAAUCAAGUUAAAGAGCUAAAAGAUGAGAUAGAAGGAAAGAAUAAAAAUUUACAAGAUGCUCAGGCAGAUCUCAAGAGCGUUGACCAAGAAAAGGAUUCUCUAGGUGGACAGUUACAGCUUGCCAUGGCAAAGGCAGAUUCAGAGCAACUUGCUAGAACUAUUGCUGAGGAACAAUUAUCUGAUGUAGAAAAAGAAAAGACAAUGUUAGAACUAGAAAUUAAAGAAAUUCUUUCAAGGCAUAAAAGUGAACUAAACAAAAAAGAAAGUGUGAUAUCAAUGUUAGAGGAAACUAAGAGAGAAUAUGUGAAAAGUGUUGAGUCGUUACAAAAUGAAAAAGAUGAUUUGAAUAACAGACUUAAAAAAUUGACAGAUGACAUACGCAAUAUACAGGCCAAACCUGUUGUAACAGAUGACAUGGAGAAAUUAAAGAAGAAUCUUAUAGAGGAGAAAAUGAAGAAAGAACAAGCCGUAAAUAAAUUAGCAGAGAUCAUGAACAGAAAGGGUUUCAAUAACCAAGGAAUCAAGAAAAACCAUGCAUCUGCACAGGAACUUAAGAAAAAGGAGAAAGAAUGUAGGAAGUUACAGCAAGAACUAAGCAUGGAAAGAGAAAAAUAUAGCAAAAUGGUAGAGAAAUAUCAACGAGACCUCAGUGAAACCCAAGCUGCGCUAUACGAGGAGGGUCAAUUACGCAAUAAACUUCAAAUGGAGCUUGACUCGAAGGACAGUGAGAUCGAGCUUCUACAACAGAAACUUGUUGUUACUAACCUUGACACAGCAUCUAUACAUAGUGGUAGUCUGGAGGACGGUGAUAUGUCCCUCAGUAUACAUAACUCUAGCAUAUCAUCAGCAUCUGACAGUCAUAUGGAAGGAUGGUUAUCAGUCCCUAACAAACAAAACAUCAAGAAAUAUGGCUGGAGGAAACAAUAUGUGGUAGUCAGUUCACGGAAAGUUCUCUUCUACAAUAAUGAGGCAGAGAAACAGAAAGCUGCUCCAGUACUUAUCCUUGAUAUUGAAAAAUUAUACCAUGUUCGGUCUGUGACACAGGGAGAUGUUUAUAGAGCAGAUGCUAAAGAUAUUCCAAGAAUAUUCCAGGUGUUGUAUGCAACAGAGGGGGAGAAUAGAAAAUCAGAGGAGAGUCCUCUAGAUAUUAGUCUUCAGCAGCCAAAAGCUGGUACUAUAGAGUAUAAAGGUCAUGAGUUUUUAGAGUUACAUUUCCGUACGCCCACCACAUGUGAUUCAUGUAACAAACCAAUGUGGCAUAUGUUACAUCCUCCACCGGCUAUGGAAUGUAGACGAUGUCAUACUAAAGUACAUAAAGACCAUUUUGACAGGAAAGAAGAGUUUCUCGCAUAUUGUAAAGUAAACUAUGAUCAAAACAUUCAAGCCAAGGAGCUUUUACUGCUAGCUGAAUCAGCUGACCUCCAGAAACAAUGGGUACUUCACCUCAGCAAGAAAAUUUCCAAGAAAGGAAUUGUCAGUUCUGGUGGAACAUUAGGAGUCGGAAAACCACUAUUUUUGGAGUUUGGGUCAUCAAAUAGGAACACAAAGCAGUAUUCGUCAUUUGGGGCCGCCAACCGUACUGUAAGAUCAAGCUCAUCAGCUACUCUACCUCCAAACUCAAGACCUAACUUACAGUAACAUCUACUACAAAACUUUCUUAUAUUCAACAGAACAAUUUUGAAAAACUAAAAAAAAAAUCACCAGUGUUUAACCAUGAGAUAAGUACACCAGUGUAGCAGUAUGUUUGUUAAUAUUUGAGCCAUGUCACGACAAAACCAACGUAAUCCACGCAGUCUGAUCAGGAUCCAUGCUGUUCGCUGUUAGUUUAUCCACUUGUAAAAGUGUUGGUAAGCGGACAGCAUGGAUCCUGAUCAGACUGCGUGGAGGCGCAGGCUGGUCUGGAUCCAUGCUGGUCACAAACCCACUAUGUUGGUUUUGUCGUGACGCGGCUCAUUUAUCAUAUAAUUGAUUACAAACCACACAUGAUUUAUUACAUUGUAUGAUGAUUGUGGAAGUGGCAUGGAGGUGUUUUACUGGCGUUCUAGGCUUGUAUUUGCAUUAUGGAUCUUCUAUAUCACACUCCACAAGACUAAGGUGUUCAAAAAUGUCAUAUAUUGCCUUCCUAUACUCCUGUUUCAAAAAUAAAAGUAUGUAUAUUGGGAUAACCCCUGAUUGACAGUUGGGCAGGGCAAUGUCCAGGCAACGACCUGUUUUUCUAGAGCCAAAUUCAAACUUUGAGAUCAGGUACAAAUAUGAAAAUGCAUGUAUGUACAAUUUGGUAGUCUUUAGGGAAUAUGUUACAAAUGGCCACAAUCAUGAAAGCAUAAUUAAGAUCAAUAAGCAAGGUAAAGAACAUCAAAGAUAAGGAAAUGCCCAAAUUUUAUUUGUAGGAUAUAUUCUACAUGUAUGGAUGGGUUUAGGUAUUACUUGAUGCAAAUGUUCAUUGCAUGAGAUGUAGUGCUACACGCAUAUGAACCAUGACUCAAGGUCAGAGGUCAAGGUCACACCUAAAUCAGAGAACAGUGCUUGUCUGGAGAAAGUCUUCCACUUGCAUUGAGGGAUGAUUGUAAAUGUUUAAUACAUUUAUUAUGAGACUGAAUAUUUGUGACAGGCAUAUUUUAGUUGAAUUUGCUGUCUUGUUUAUAAUAGACAAAACAAAAAGGGCAUUAAUAAAAAAAAACAUAAAGAAGGCAAAACCUUUCUCAGAUAUUGUUAGUUCAUCCUGAUGUGGUCUUAACAUUAUAAUUGUUAUGAUAAAAUUACUUCAGUUCUUUUUGUAGACAUUCAGAUUAUGAAAUUAGCCUCUUUAUGUUCCAGAGUUUAACAAUAAAUCAUUAAAUCACCAUCAGUCGUACACAUUCCAAUAGAAUAAAAACACACACUGUGCUAUUUUUAGUUUAGCUAGAUUUAGGACCAUUUUAUUGUAUGUAAACAUUAUAUUUUAGUGGCCUUGUAUGUUUUACAUUAUUUUUCCCCCCAAGUGUUAUAUAUUAAGUAAUUUAAAUGGUGCUUCUCUAUCCUGUGAAGUGUGAUGAUUUUUUUUUUUUUUUUAUGAUAGUGAUUCUCCACAUUGUCAGUUCACCAUUGCCUUAAUAUCACAAACUUGUUCAUAGGCCAGUUCUCUUUGUUACAUGAAUGUGGAUUGAAAAAAAUACUUGAAUACAUGUGUCUGUUAAAUUAAUGAUGAGCAAAAACUUUAAUCUCAGAUUGUCUAAGUUUGAAAUGUUAUAGAUUUUUUAUCGGUUCAAAGGGUGUAUUUGUCUGAAUGAGGUAUGAAAAAUUUUCAAAAAAAUCUUAAUAUGUCUGUACAUCAUACAAUGUAUCUGUAUAAACAUAUUUCUAAUAUUUCUAGUUCUUCUGCUUUAUUAAAUUGUUUACAAAGACCAAAAAAUAAAUUAAAAGUUCCAAAUAUGCAAUCAAAAAUUCGCGUUCCGAAUGCAUUUCAUUGCUUUUUUUGCAUUUUUUGUAUAGUAUAACUUGGGUAAUGUACAGUUGUAAAUUACCAUAUAAUUAAUUGUGUCUUUUUCACUAACUUCACUAAGGUGAUCCUGUUUAUAGAGUUUUCUCACUCAAUGGCAUGUUCAUAAUGGACAUUUGUUUCAUUAAUGUUUUUCUUUUUCAUACCCUCUGGUGAUAGUGCAAUUUGUGAUAAAACUUUGUAUGAUGUAUUUUUUAAUUAUGAAUAUAUGCAAAUUAAGCUUGUGCAUUUUGUGAUGCUAUUUUUGUAUGAAGCCUGGCAUUAAAUGUACAAUUUCCUGACCUACCUAUAUAUAUGUAAUAGAUAUGUCUUGCAUUGUAUGUGGAGCCUAUAGCCUGCUGGCGGCAAUCAGUGCUACCCAUUCAUUUAGUUCAGAUGAAGAUCAGUUUGCACAUCUGCCAUGGUCUGCACCAUUUGUUAUUUUGACAAUUUCUUCAAAAUUGAUGAAGGGUCAAGUCCAAAUUGAAAGAUGGACAAGUCCAUUUAAGAUAUUUAGCAUGAUAAUGUUUAAUUUCAGCGAAUAUUAAAUUCAAACAAGCCUGUCAGGGGCAAACCGUUGUUUCCUUGAGCAAGAAACUUUACAUUCAUUACUUAGUACUGGUUGGUUUCAGGAAUGGAUUCGAGAGUGUUUCAAUAAGCUUAUAGCUUCCAACACAAACUGAAAUAAAUUUGUAUAAACUUAAAAAAGCAAAACUAAAUUGUCAAAAGUAAAACAUGGUCACUCUACAUGAUAAGUGCCGGGUCAAACUGAAUAGUUAACUAUUGCUCGAUACAGGUGGGAUAUGCUGGUACUGCUUCAUUGUGUAAUGUUGUCUUACCGGUAUAUUACAUUUUAUAGAUCAUGUAUAAAAGAAGGAAGUUAAACAUUAAACUAUGCAAUAAUAAAGAGAGUCAGAUUGCAUGAAAAAUGCAGUGAACAGAAACAUAAGGAAAUAAUUGUUCCUGUUAAAAUGUAUGACAGUCAUAUUUUAGUCAUUAUAAAAUCAACAUUUGUCUAAGAAUAAGAAGAUGAAAGUUAUUUUAAUUAAUCAUGAUACAAUCUAUUAUUCAGAAAUAAGGAUUAAUGUUUUCAUUUAUGAAAAGAAUAUUAUUUUCAGAUUUUUUUAUAGAUAAUUGUUAAACAAUGAUCAAUUAAAAUGCAUAAUUAAAUGUCUCAAAUCUGUUUAUCUAAUAUAAUGUAACAUGUAUUUUUUUCUGAAAUAACUAGAAAGUAUAUAUCACAUGUAAAAGUUUGUUAAAGGAUGUAGGAUUGUUGUUAUUAACCAGUAGAUUAUGUAACUAAUCAUAUUAAGCUUAAUAUUAGCAUAAUUUAUGUGUUCAGUUGUUUGUUUUUUUUUAUUCUAGGUUAUUUUUUUAAACAAAAUAAUGGCAUAUUGUUGAUAUUGUUUGCAUGGAAAUGAAUAUAAAACUUUGUCUUUCAUGUUGAUGUGUAAAUGUACAUGUGAACUGUUGAAUGACUUCACAAAUAUCAGGCAUGUAUAGAAUUUUUUUUUAAUUUGGACAUUUUUGCUGCCGCUUUGAUUUGGUUGAAAUGGUAGAUGUAGAGACACCCCAUGUCUCAUUCCAUGGACAAAGCUGGAUAGUUGCAAUAUAAGUUUCAAGGUCAUUGGAUAUACUUCUAAUGUUGUACAAGCUUACAUGUUAUAUUUCUAAUAUCCGAAUUUUCUGAAUGCUUCAUCUUUGAGUGAUAAUGGCAAAUAGAAAAAAAAAAGUUUUAGGUUUCAUCAGUUCAAAUUCAGUUCCUGAAGGGGUUUGGGCAAUGCAUCAUUAGGCAUAGGGAAUUUAACUACCAAGUGUUGGGUAGCCGUUAGAUUCCAUCUUUAACUAUUUUAAAAAAUUGCAAAUGUUGGUUAUUUUGUUGAAAAUGUUAGACUAUGUUCAAAGUUUACAAUAGCUUAAUAGUGCUGAAAUUUGUUGUUGUAUGUAACAAUCUGGUGUUAUAUGUAAAAAAGUGUAAACAUUGUUUUUGUCUUUGUACAUAUGUAAAUAUGUGUACAUAUACAAGUGGUUAUACCUAUAUAUAUAUUGUAACCGUAAUGUAUAUUUAUGUAUACACUAUAGAAACAGAAUCAUCAUUUUUAGAUCACGGUCAUAUUAACCAAAUAUCAUAGAUUUAAAGUUAAAGGGGUGAUAGAUCCUAGCUUACUGCUGUAUUUACUGAUAGAACAUGACCACACAGAUUUUCUUUUUAUAUUGACAUACAAUUUCCUGCUCAUUUGAAAUUUAAAUUCCAAAAUAUUUGGAUGUAAGUUAGCUUUUUGAAAAUUCCAAAAUCAUGUUGAAUAAUUGUGCAGGAAAUUGAAGUUUUGAAUUAGUGUGUGAGGCAAGCAGUUUUUUUUAUAUUUUUUUUUUUAUAUUUUUUAUGUUAGAAUUGCAAGGUUAAAGGUUUUUAGAGAUUUUUUGAUAUAGGUGGCGCCAUAAAGUGUCUGUGUUAUUUAUAUACACCAAACUGAGAUUGUUAGUAAGAUCUGUUCCUAUUAUUAUCUCAUCGAAGUGAUAAAAUACAGUUUCUUAUUUCUCUUAUUCUUAACACAGCUGAAUUUCUAAAUGAUUUGCUUUGCUUUUGGUAUUUGCAGUCUUCCAUUAUCAACCCUUAGUCGGCUGAAUUUGUGUAAUGGAUUUUCCUUGCUUCAAGUUUGGAGCAGUCCAUUCAUUGUUGAAGGGAAUAUCAAAAUACACAAAAGGGGCUACCAACAGUAUAGAGCCUGGUCGGACAGUACAGAUGUGCAGGCCGGCCAGUCUAUACUGGUGGCAAAGGUUAAUCACUUUAGGCUACAGCAGGUUAAGUUUUAAAAAGACUUACUUCUUCCUAAUUAACAAUUUAUACCAACAGGAAAAAUUUCAUUUUUCUGUAUAUGGUACAAUUUGUUAAAUAAAAGAAAACACAAAAAAAAAUCACAUAUAUUCUUUAUGAAUAAAAUGUAACCUUAGUCAGAAUGUUUGAGUAAUAACGGAGUAUUUACAAAUUUAAUUGUUUUAGACUAGCAGGAGCAUUAAGCUUAUAUUAAAUGGAUUAGGUAGGUUUAUACUUUACAUUGUACAUGAGGAAUGAUAGUUUCUUGUAGAACCUAUCAUGUGAAAGUGAUAAGUUGGUCAGGUCUAAAAACCAUUGUUUUUAUUAACUUGUUGGGGUUUUUUUUUAACUUUAUCCUAUGACUUGCUUUGAAAAUUCGCAGCUGUUUUGGCUUCUUUUUUUUUUUUGGUAUUUUUUUAUUAUUUUGUUGAAAGAGGAAUAUAUAUAUAUUUGCUAACAGUAGUGCUAUAAGAGUAAUUUAAUAUGUAUAAAAUUUACUGAGGAUAUAUAUCUAUGUUAUAGAUGUUUUUUACACACUGUGUGUCCUAUAUGGAAGUAUGUUACAGUUAUAUGUAUGUUUGGAAGUGUAACGGAUAUACUUAAUGUGCAUUGUAACAAUAAGCGAAACGGUUUUGUACCAAAUACUGUCAGUAAAUAUUUUUGUCCUACAAAUGACAGCAAAUAUUUUUGUCAUACAAUUUUUUUAGAUGGAUGAUUUAAGUGCUUCUUGAUUGUUUUACUGUGCUAUCUUUUGUUAAUGAAUACCAUUUAAUGUGUUACUGUGAAUUCAUUCAGUCUUCCACUUUUAUUUGAUGAUAAUGUUAGAUAAAACCAUACUAAAAACAUGAUUUUUUUUUUCAUGAAAAUAAUAGUCAGUCAAAUGUUAUUAUUUUUUUACUAUUGAAUAAUGCAAAUCUUACGCUUACUGGGAAAAGUAAAGCAAAUAAUUAUGACAUUUUUUUGUAGUACAAAUGUGUGGAACUGUUUUGUUCAUUUCUGCUGAGUCUUCAUACUGAAUAAAGAGUCUCUUAAAUGCUUACCAUGAACUGCUGCAGUCAAAUAUAUCUUAACUGAUAUUGUCAUAUGAUAGUACAUGAAUAUGUACAUAUUUUGUUUUGUUACAGAUAUAUAUAUAAUUGACAAAAAGCUUAAUGCCUCUUAAACAUCUUGUAAAAAAAAAGAUUUUUUUUUUUUCAAUUUUGCCUUUUUAUUGCCUAUGGUAUCAAAUACAAUCACUUAUCAAGCUUGCGUGUCACACAUCAAAAUAUCAUGUUAUAUAUCUCCUGUUUUAUGUAUUGUUUUAUGAAACUGUUUUGUUAUGUACAGUUAACUUUUUUUUGUAUGACUGUAGAUAUAUACACAUUUAUUUUGUAAUUCCAGCCUAUAUUACUAGGCCAUGUUAAUACUAGCAUGUAAAUUUGCCCAACUAAAAUAUUACCAAAUAAAUUUAAUGCAAAAUAGAAAAAA